AUGGUAAGCGAUCAGAACACGGCAGCAACACCAAGUCAGGCGAUGAUAACUAGCAACGCACUGUUGGAGACGAACCCUGUCACCACCAUGCCAGCUUCACCUGCUGUAACCAGGUCUCUCGACUUGGAAUUCAAAGCUGAAGGACCACCACCGGGUUUUACAGGAACCUCCGCCCUAUCUUCUGGAACAAUGGCGGCAUACCUUUUCUCGUAUAGUUCAUUGCAGUUCCGGUCGGUGGAACCAACUACAACAAACGCCAAUGUCUUCACCCCAACAUCCACCACGAGUGCACAGACUAUACGUCAUAGCACUACGCCGGUUAUCACGUCUGCAAGCUCAAGUACUACCAUACCACAGGUGAGCACGACUCAGUAUUACCAACCCUCAGUUACAUACGCCAUGCCGCCUCUCUACUCGGCAGCACUAACGGCGGCGCUGUCCACUCCACCACAUCAACCAGUAGUCAUGCCUACAGGAAUCAUGAAUGCCCCGGUUACGCCAGGGAAUCAAGCUUACUUCCCAGGAUACUAUUACGAACCCCCAUACGGGUAUUUACCCCCAUACAACACUCCAACGUACACUCCCCAGGGGGCAGCACAAGGCUAUGCUCAGCAAUCGCCAUACGCGGCUUAUAUGCCACCUUGGUGGACUUUUCCAACAUCACAGCCGGUUUACAGUCAGACCCCGCCAACAGCGGAACCCGUGUAUGACAGAGGAAACACAUCUAGGCCUCGUUUUUCUCCAGACGAAGGCCCUAGCCCUACACUGAACAUCACCUCGGCUCAACCCCCAGUUACCCAGGGUACCAGCCAGGGUGGGGCACCUCCUCCAAUACAACCCAUCAAUGUAGAAGAAGACGAACUUACUAGACCUUACAAACCAGUGGACGCCACUUUCAAGUCCAAGUUCACCAGAAGAAUAGCGGAAGCUCCUAUUAAGGAAAAACCUAAGAUGCCUUAA